UUAGUAUGACCUUUCAAUGAGCAGCAGUUAUUUUUAAUAGUUGCAAGGUGCCCUAGCUCAUUUUUCCUGGAAAUAUAUAUGUCUGAGAGGGAAUUUCCAGAAGGAGCCCAAACUCUCCUGUGGUUUUUGGCAAUUAUGCAGAUAAUAGAGAAGAAUGCUGAUCCUGAACAAAUGCUGUUGUCUUAUCUGCGAAAAAGACUCUGUCUUGCAGGAACUAAGCAUGGCUGUGGAGGAGGUGGCUGUGGUGCCUGUAUGGUGAGGAUACCAACUUAUGAGCCAGCUUUGAAGAAGAUACAACAUUAUUCAGCAAAUGCAUGUUUGCUUUCCAUUUGCUCCUUGUAUGGUGUGUCAGUGACCAGAGUGGAAGGUGUUGGAAGUACAAAAACCAGGAUUCAUCCAGUUCAGGAAAGGCUUACCAAGUGCCAUGGCUCCCAGUGUGGUUUCUGCACCCCUGGAAUGGUGAUGUCCAUAUACACGUUGCUAAGAAACCACCCAGAACCAACUUCAGAGCAGAUGAUUGCAGGGAACUUGUGCCACUGUACUGAAUAUAGGCCAAUCCUAGAUGCCUAUAAAACCUUCUGUAAGGAAUCCAUUUUUUGUCAAACAAAUGCAAAUGGGAAGUGCUGCUUGGAUCAGGAAGAUGAUUUGUUUUGCAAGGAAGAGAAGGUUUCCUCCGGACUAUUUUCAACAGAUGAAUUCCAGCCCUUAGAUCCCACCCAGGAGCUUGUAUUUCCUCCAGAACUAAUGAGAAUGGCUGAAAAACCAAAACUGGGUUUUCAUGGGAAGUGAAUGACAUGGAUUUCUCCUGUAAGCUUAGAGGAAUUAGUAGAUCUGAAAGCUGCCCACACCAAAGCACCUCUUGUGGCUGAGAACACCAGUGUAGGACCUGAAAUGAAAUUUAAAUACAUGUUCCAUCCAGUUGUUACUGCUCCUGCAAGGAUCCCGGAUCUAAAUGUGGUGCAAUGCAUGGAUGACAGACUAAUUCUGGGAGCUGCCAUCAGCCUCUCUGUAGUGAAAGACAUCUUGACAAAUGCAAUCUCAGAGUUCCCUGAAGAGAAGAAAAAGGUUUUCUGUGCUGUCUUGCAGCAAUUAAGAACUCUGGGUGGAGAACAGAGAAGAAAUGUUGCUGGAUGUUGUUCACUAGGUGGAAACAUCGUAAGUAGAAAAUCAACCUAAGACUUGAUUCCUAUUCUGGCAGCCAGUAACUCUAUGCUCAGUCUGGCUUCAAGAGGAAGAAAACAACAGAUUCCUUUAAGUGAUAUUUUUGCAGAUGGAGUUGGUAACAAAACCAUUGCACCAGAAGAGAUCUUGGUCUCUGUCCGUGUUCCCCAUUCUAGGAAGGGGGAGUACAUCUCUGCAUUUUGACAAGCACCAAGACAGAAAAAUGCUCUCCCAAUAAUCAGUGCUGGGAUGAGAGUCCUUUUUGAAGAAGGUACAGACAUAAUAAAGGAUUUAAGCAUUUUCUGUGGAGGUGCUGUCUCGACCACAGUCUCUGCAAAACAAACCUGUUGGACGCUUAUUGGAAGAUACUGGAAUGAACAAAUGCUGGAUGAAGCUUGCAGACUAAUUCUUAAAGAAAUUACUCUUCAAGGCCCAGCCAGUGGUGAAAAAAUAGACUAUAAGAGAACUUUGGUAGUCAAUUUCUUCUACAGAUUUUUCCUGGAAGUAUUGCAGUUGUUAAAGACAAUGGAUCCUUGCCACUAUCCUGGCAUUCCUGCGGGAUAUAGAAGUGUCCUACAAGAUUUCAAAACCAAAAUGCCCCAGAGUAUCCAAAUAUACCAGGACAUAGAGCCUAGUCAAUCUCACCAGGAUCCCAUAGGACAUCCCAUUAUGCAGUCUGGAAUUAAACAUGCCACUGGUGAAGCAGUUUACACUGAUGACUUUCCUUCUGUGGAUGGGGAACUUUUCCUGGCUGUCCUCACUAGUUCCGGAGCUUAUGCUAAGAUUGUGUAAGUGUUCAAAAUCGGAUCCAUAGAUGCCUCAGAGGCUCUAAAAGUACCAGGUGUGUUUGAUAUGGUAACAGCCGAUGAUGUGCCAGCUACAAAUGGGUUUUGCUACUCCAGUGAUCCAGAGAUUGUGUUUGCAAGAAACAAGGUGAUUUGCAUGGGUCAGAUUGUCUGUGCUGUGGUUGCAGACUCAGAUGUUCAUGCCAAUCAAACAGCUGCAAAAGUGAAGAUAGAGUAUGAAGUGUUGCAACCCAUGAUCUUAACAAUUGAGGAAGCUGUAAAGCACAAGUCGGUCUUUGAACCAGAAAGAAAAUUGGAACAAGGAAAUGUUGAUCAGGCAUUUGAAACUCCUGAUAAUAUAAUUGAAGAUAAACUGCAGAAUACAUUUGGGAAGAUUCACACUGGGGGACAGGAACACUUUUACAUGGAGACUCAGAGUGUGCUUGCUGUUCCAAAAGGAGAGGAUAAAGAAAUGGAUGGAUAUGUGUCAACACAGCAUCCAGCAACCAUUCAGGUUGCUUGCCAAACUCUUUUGAAACAGCUGCAGCCUAUCAUCAACAAGAACCCAAAAGGGACCUGGAAUGACUGGAUUAAAGAAACUUUUGAAAAAAGUGUGAGUCUUUCAGCUACUGGCUACUUUAGAGGUUACAAUGAAAAUAGUUGGGAGAAAGGGGAAGGACAGCCAUUCACAUACUUUCUUUAUGGAGCUGCUUUUUCAGAGGUUGAUAGUAACUGUCUAACAGGAGAUCACAAGAACCUUAGAACAGACAUUGUUAUGGACAUUGGAUGCAGCAUAAAUCCUGCUGUGGAUAUAGGACAGAAGACAAAUGUUGAAUCUGCUUCCUCCACUCCUCGGACUGUAUCUGUGUGAAUGACAAACCAGAGUGCACAAGACCUGAAUGGAAUGAAAGAACGGAUUUGCUGCUCCAAUACACACUAAUCAACACAGAGAUAAUUACAUUUUCUCUUUUUCGGAAUGGAAUCAGCUACCAAAAAUAUGCACAUUACAUCUUCUAUCCUUCAUUCUCCAUCCAGUAUAUUUGUUAUAGUACUUCUCUUAAUUUACUGCAUUUAAUUGAUAGAAAUGCAUCUUCUGCAUUUGAAGCAUAUAUAUUCAACAAUAAAGAUCUGCUGAACAGCUCAGCUCAAAUGCUGCAGGAGAAGAAAGUUAGCAUGAAGUAUAAAGGUAUGUUAGAUACCUUACUUAUGUACUUAAUUACAGUUAGUUAGAUAACUUGCUGCCACUUACUACACUUAACUUCAUAUGAUAAAUUAUUUUUAAUUGCUUGAGCUGAUUGUCUAAUUUAGAGUUGAGUCUUGCAGUGGAGUGUGAGUGCGGAGAUCUUUAUUGAAGAAUCAGAACCUUUUUUGUUGGAUUCAGUCCAUUUUUGAUCAAAAGUGAAACUCUAAUUUGUAUUAAAGGUGCUUUAGAUUCUUUUGGCACAGACAUAGUUGUUUUAAAAACAUCUAAGAAACAAGAAUUAUUAUUUUCUCUUGCUGUGCCAGGCAAAUUGCUAUAGCUGACUUACUUAUAUAGCAGAUUAAUUUUAUCCCAAAAGCUGGAAGAAUCACUUAGUUAUAAUUUCCAUUGGAAGCUUUCUUCUUCUCAUGGAGUAAGCCAAAAGCCUCUGAACUUAAUGGGAAAACUCACAUGGAGUUCAGUGUGCUUUAAAUAGGAGACUGGAUAAAUCUGUUUCUGGAAAGGAUUCUUAAGCAGUGCUUAAUUCUGUUCUCAGGACUCUAACUGAGCCAUGAAAGGCCAGUUAACUUUCUCCCACUCUUGGCACUCCUGUGAUAAAGCAGAUAGGAAAAACAUAAUGAGAUCACAAGAUGAUCUGCAAAGCUCUGUCAUCUGAUGCUGCCUGGAGUACAGUGGGAUUAGACCACACCCAAGUAGUAGCAGUUGGAGAAAACAGAAAAACACAAAGCAGCACUGUAUUAACUGCUAAUGGAAGUUGUGGUGGAAUUAAAGUUGAAGUAUUUGUAACUUAAGACAAGACUAAAACUACAUAGAAUAUAUCAAAGUUAAUAUAUUACAAAAGCUCUGGCUACAAUAUUCAGAUAUCAGCAUCAGAGUCCACAAUAUUGAACUGCCUGAGAACUGCAGCCUUUCCUCCUCUUGAAGUAUGAAGCUGGGAUUCCAGUUUUGAAUGCACACACACAAAUACACAAAUCUCCAUUAUAUUUGAAUUUGGGGCUUUGAUCUGGGAUACAUCUUAAUACAGAGAAAACACUUUUUUUUAGUCAAUCUACGGAAGUUACCAAAAGUAAUGCCUGAAAAGAUGUAGCAGGUUCUUUGAUAAGAAAGUAGAACUGGGAAAAUAGGUAGUUCAUAUGUUCCAUGUGUAGUUUCUGUGAACUUCUCUGCAUCAGUUAUUCCUUGCUGAUAUGUUUUUUUCUCUUCUUGACUUCCAUCUCUUUUAUGAGUUGACACUGUAUCACUGACAGAAAUCAGGUUUGUAGGUUUUUGCAUUGGCUAUUAAGAUAAAAAAAAUUUAUUGUUUCAA